GUAAAAUGCAAGAAGUGUCCGGUGUUUUGCCUCCUUGUCUGGCGGUAGUCCUCUUUUUGAAUGAACGGGCAACUUUCGCUAAUAUACAUCCUGUGAUUUCGCUGUAAAAGCGGAGGACAACGAGUCACCAGUCGGGAUCCCGUAGAACGAUGAUGACGCUGGUAUUUCCGUAGUGAUCUCACCAGCUUUUGCUUCGUUAUCACGAAGUCUGCUGUUCGGCCUAAGUUACCAUGGUGAUUUAUCACGUGAUCCUACUGUUGGUUUUGUCCAGGGCUGCUGCAAGCCCGGGACAGGCAAACUUAACCAGCAUGCUGGCACUGCAGGCGGAGCGGGUCAUGACGCUCGGUGAAUGGGAGGAACGCUGGCAUGACGACAGAAUUGGCUUCCAUCAGCCUGACGUACACAAAUUGCUGGAGAACAACAUUGAAAAAGUUCUCGCCGGACGGGCAGAAGUUUCCUUCUUCUUCCCUCUCUGUGGGAAAGCUGUAGAUAUGAAGUGGCUGGCAGACAUGGGCCAUUCCGUGGUCGGGGUGGAGAUAAGUGAGAAGGCUAUAAAACAGUUCUUUGAAGAGAGCAACUUGACCUACAGUGAGGAGCCUGUCGCUGCCAUUCCUGGAGCAAAGGUUUACAAGAGCUCAGAGAAAAAUAUCACUCUAUAUCAGUGUGACCUGUACAACUUCUCCAGCUCCAUCCAUGGUCAGUUCGGGGCAAUUUGGGACCGGGGGUCUCUAGUGGCCAUCAACCCACAAGACAGAGAAAAGUAUGCUUCGCUCAUAAUUUCUCUCAUGGCCAAAGACUGCAGAUACCUUCUGGACACUUUGCUGUACAACGCUGAAUUACAUAAAGGUCCUCCCUUUCUUGUGCCAGACGAGCAAGUGCACAGCCUGUUUGGGAGCAGCUGCAAUAUCGAGCUGCUGCAGUCGGUGGAUGCCUUGACAGACAGAUAUCGAGGCUGGGGGCUGGACUCCCUCACUGAAAACGUGCACCUCGUCACUCUGAAGGCAUAAAACCCAUCUUGUGCGAAUAAAAGCUCAUUUUAUUCUGUAAGACUUCAGUCCUGCAAGAAUUAUAUGCAUGGAAUGAUAUUUAGCUGCUGACAGCUGCUGUGCAAUAAUGAAAAUAUUAACACUCGCAAAUAUUUCAUACAUCUAAUAAGACCAUUUUUCUCAAAUGACUCUUUGAGUAAUCCCUUGGGCCCUUGGAAGAACUUUAUUUUUAUAGCAAUUCUCGUAGCAUGAAAUGCAGCUCAAGCUGCUUUACCAAAUGGGACAGAAGUUUAAAAACAUUAGAUAAAAUAAAAGAUGUGGUCCAAUUUUUUUAAAAGCAGUAAAAUAAGUUUUGAGCCGUUUUUUUAAAUGCUCCAACAGAGGAUGCAUGUCUAAUAUGCAGUAGUGGGAGUUUGUUCUAGGACUGCAACUAAUGAUUUUUUUCAUAAUUGAUUAAUCUGUUGAUUAUUUUCUCGAUUAUUCAAUUAGUUGUUUGGUCCAUAAAAUGGUGAAAAAUGUCGAUUGUGUUUCCCAAAACCCCAAGACGACGUUUUGAUUUGUCCACAUGCCAAAGAUAUUUAGUUUACUGUCACAGAGGAGCAAAGAAACCAGAAAAUAGUCACAUUUAAGAAGCUGAAAUCAGAGAAUUUUUUAUUUUCCCCCCAUAAAAACUACUCUAUAAUCAAUUAAUCGAUUAUCAAAAUAGUUGGCGAUUAAUUUAGUCGUCGAUUACUGAUCGAUUAACAGUUGCAGCUUUUUCAAUAUUUUUAUGCAGUUUUUUUUGUGGCACGUUCAGCAAGCCAGCACUGUGCGACCUCAGUGUGCAGCUUAUGUCUUAAUAUUUUUAUGAUUCGCAAAUAAAAUCAUUCUGCAUUCA